UGUAAGCCGAAAGGAAGAAAAGAAAAGAACAGAAUUGAAGAGUAUAGUAUGGCUUCGGCUUUGGGAAACGUUGCUCUUCUUUCUCUCUCAAGCUUCAAACCUUCUUCAAAGCUCCCUUCUUCUUCUUCCUUCUGUGUAACCAAACACUUCUUCUCUCACUCUCUUCCCAUUUCCUCCAUCAAUGCUUCUCCAUCGCCAAACCGCAACUUCCCCUCCGUUCGAGCCACCUCAUCGUCCUCUUCCUCUUCCUCCUUCGGCUCUCGCCUCGAAGACUCCAUUAAGAAAACCGUUGCAGAAAACCCUGUUGUCGUUUAUUCCAAAACCUGGUGCUCCUAUUCUUCUGAGGUCAAAUCCCUCUUCAACAAACUCGGUGUCAACCCCCUGGUCUUCGAAUUAGACGAAAUGGGUCCUCAAGGGCCACAGUUGCAAAAGGUGUUGGAGAGGAUCACGGGGCAACACACUGUGCCAAAUGUAUUUAUUGGUGGCAAACACAUUGGCGGCUGUUCAGAUACCCUGAAGCUGUACCGGAAAGGAGAACUUGAACCUUUGCUAUCAGAAGCUAAAGCUAAAACUCCAGAGAGCUAAGCAUCCAAGAGUAAACCUGAUAUGCCACUAAUUUUUCAUUUUGUUGGUCAAUGCAGUUCUCUCAAUGUUAUGUUUGUCACAAAUGUUGGUUGAAAGACAUCGGAGCGCACUGAUAGCUUAAACAUUGACCUUUUUAGUCAGGCCCUUCUUGUUACAAAUCUGCCGUUUAAUGGUUUGCAGAACUAGAAGUUGCAACUUCUCAGUUAGGUGAUGGUUCUACUCCGCCAUUUUGUUUUA